GGCAGGGAGCUUGAAUUCAGAGUUGCAGCCACCUGUGACAGCAGACGUUAUCUCUACGGCACUCAAACAGACAUCAUUACCCAAAAGAGUGGAGCGACAAGUCUUAUUGUGGCUUUAUGUGAUUCAUGCAAAUAUAUAGGGAGAUCUGUAGCAGAUGCCAACGUGAGGGCACAUCACAUCUCUCCUCUGUGCACGUGUGUUGCUACUGGGUUGAACCUUCAUUAUGCCGGGUCUGAUCAACAAGAGCAAGAGGAGCGCUCUGCCUCUCAGUGUCUCUGACAUCACUUCCUGUGUCAGAGGUUACACCCUGGCAAUGACAGCCUCCCUGACUUACGAAAACAUUGAGGAUCACCCAAUUGAGGGAGUCUUUAUAUACCCGCUUGAAGAGUGCUGCGUGGUGGUUGGGUUCGAAGCAAUGAUUGGCAGCCAGAUAAUAACCGUGCAGGUCAAAGACAAAACAAAAAUCGAUGACUGUUACUUUGAUUGCUGUCAAGUCGAUGAAUUUCCGCAGAGUGGAGGUGGUCAUAUAGUUUUGGAUGAGGAUCAGGAGAGGACGGUACUGGUUGUCAAUCUGGGGGUUGUUCCACCUUUGGAGACCAUAAAUAUACAGGUCAGCACCUCGUCUGAACUGUGUACACUUCCUAAUGGUGGGAUUCUGGUAACAUCACCGCCCGUAUGUUCCCCACGGGUCCAACGGUCUGUCAAAGAAGAUCCAACAUUUUCCCCCAACACUGCAAGAAGGAGGGAUAAACAUCAUUGUGCAGUUGGAAAUCAUGAACAGACGACCUCGGGUGUGUUCCUGUCUGCUUUGUUGCAAGAGGAGACCAUCAACUCCAUUGACUAUGUGUUUAACUUCCAGCUGGAGAUCAGAGGACCGUAUCUACUGGCAGGUGUGGAGAGUCCCUCCCAUGCCAUCCGGGCUGAUGCAGACCCAUCGGCUCGCUCAGCAACCAGCAUCAUGGUCACACUAGCGGACAAAUACACUUACGACUGCCCCGUGGAGAUACUGAUCUACCCUAGUGAGCCUCAUCUACCACACGUUCUCAUCGAGGAUGGAGACAUGACACCGGAGGAAUACGACGAACAUCUGAAAGGAAGGAGCGACUACAUCAAAGCCACGAAGAAGGACUGCAGUAAUGAGAAAAUAGUAGACAUAAUUCGGAAAAGACUCCAUAAGGACAUACUUCACAACCCUGUGGUCAUGCUAAACUUUUGCCCGGACCUUCGUUGUACGACCUCCGACCUGCGGAGCAUCCAGGGGGAGUUCAUCUUUCUCAUUGAUCGCAGUGGCAGCAUGAGCGGGGUCAACAUCAAGCGGGUAAAGGAUGCAAUGGUCGUGAUUUUGAAAAGUCUUUUCCCAGCAUGCUUAUUCAAUAUAGUGGGCUUUGGGUCCAAGUUCAAAACUCUGUUUGCCACCAGUCAAAGCUACGAUGAGGUGACUUUAGCUUUGGCUUGUGAGUAUGUGAAGAAGAUUCGGGCUGACAUGGGUGGCACAAACCUACUGGCUCCACUCAACUGGAUCCUUCGGCAGCCCAUGCAGAAGGGUCAUCCUCGCCUGCUGUUCCUGCUGACGGAUGGAGCCAUCGGUAACACGGGAAAGGUCAUCGAGUUGCUUCGUAGCCACGCCCGAUUCACCAGGUGUUACACAUUUGGGAUCGGGCAGAGCGCCUGCAGAAGGCUGGUGUUAGGACUGUCCACCGUUUCCAGAGGAACCGCUGAGUUCCUGGCAGAAGGGGAAAGACUGCAGCCCAAGAUGAUUAAGUCUUUGAAGAAGUCUAUGACAUCAGUAUUGACUGACAUCUCUAUCGAGUGGCUGUAUCCAGAGACAAAGGAGAUCUUGCUUUCUCCAGUGGGAGCGACCUGUCUGUUCCCUGGUGACCGAUUGAUCGGAUACAGCGUGGUCUGUGAUACUUCCAGACAUCACUCCAACCCUAAAUCAGACAAGCGAAGGCGAUACAGCAUGAUGCGCUCCAACGAGUCGGCCAGUUCUGUCUUCUACCAUUCUCAGGAGGAUGACGGCGGGAAGGCUUCAUCUGAUAGAGACAAUCAGGUCGCCUCACUGUUUGAUGCUUGCCAGGAUACUAUGUCUGAGAGCAGUCCUGUCGCCAUUGAGCAAGACGCCAUGGGAAGUGACACGGCCACCUCACCGAGAAGACGUGCAUACAGCACCAAUCAGAUUAUAGAUUACAACCCUACAAAGAAGGUCUAUACUCCAAGCGACCCCAACUCGGUAGUUGGGAAGAAUCCUCUUAGAAGAGCAAAGGUCCAGGAGCUCACUGGUCAGGCCGAUCAUGGGUCUCAGUGGAAAAUAGACUACCAGCCUCAGUUGGCCAGCCUGUGUGCGACGUCUUCAAGAGCCCGACCUACGCCUGGUCAUAAACCUCCACAGCAAGAGGGGCUCCCGGAAGAAGCAAAGGUAGAUCAGACCCCACCCGGCCCCUCAGCACAGGGUCCUCCUGUGGAGAAUGGCUCCAGAUCUUCGACAGACAGUCCAUCUUUAGGCAGCACUGGUGAUGCAGAUGGUUACACGCAUCAGCUUUGCGAAGUCGAAACGCCCCAAGAUCCUCACGCUCCAGAAUUUCGGGCUGCUCGAGGGAAGGGAGAUUGCAAAGCGGUUGUAUCGGGACUGCUGUGUGGAAAACCUGUGAGAUGGGAGGUGUCCUUUGACAUUCAGCCUUACCUUAAAGGCCGAGAACGAGAGGAGAAGGUUCAUGAAGAACUGUGGAACGAAACCUUUCAUCAUCUGGCAGCGCGUUCGAUUAUUCAAGACUUUGAACACAUGGCAGAUAAAGAAUGCGAGAUUGAGCAUGGUUCUGGGAGGAGGUACCAGCUUUAUGCCAUCCACACUAGCAAAGCCUGCAACAUCUUGAGCAAAUACACAGCGUUUGUACCCAUCGAACUGGACAGCAAUGAAUAUUUACCUACUGGUGUUGAGUACAGCCGUCCUGGGGAGGAUCAUAAACGCAGUUCACACUGCAGUUCCCGCUGUGGCAGCAGGAAGUACCUUGGUUACUCUGUGGGUCUGGGUCGAUCACAGUCCGGCGGUUUACCCGAGCAAAAUGAUGUAGCAUUACCCAGCAGUUUGGAAGAUGGAUCUCAUUCCUCUCGCAAAACAUCCUCAUCCUCCAGUGGGGACAGAUGUAGUGUCACUGAAGGCUCUCAGCGGACACCAUCAGUGACCUCUGAUUCCUCGCAGAGAUCCACUGAGAGUCUUUUCUCAGCCAGCAAGCUGAGUCUGACCCGAGCGCGUCUCCUGUCGAAAGCCGCCAGGGGCUUCAUGAGUCGAUCGCAAAUCAAAACCAGCAACUCUAUGGGAGACAGCGAGAAUGACAACAAUGACUACAUCCCUCUGGUGUCGUUGCAGCUGUCUUGUGGGGCGUUCAUGCUGGAUGAUGCCUUGUGUGAAGCCAUCAACGUGCCCAUGGACAAGCUGAAGUGGACCUCUCCAUUCACCAGUCACAGAAUCAGCCUUACCAACCCCUCUCACUCCGGCUCACGACGAUCCGAGAGCCUGGAGGUCCACCAUGGCUCCUCUCCUCCACCAAAAGACUUGGACCUGAAUUCCGAAUACGAGGAACCUCUAUCCUACACGUCUUCGUCCUCCUUCCAGUCUCGUAGCCCUCGAACCGAGGGUUGCGGGUCCCCGCUGAUAGGCGGUUUCUCUUCGAUGUCAACCGGGCCUUCGAUGUCGCCCAUCAACUCUUUGUACGACAGCGGACGAGGGUCUGAGUCUGAAACUCUGGUGGCGCCCCUGCCAGGUUCCCCGGGGAGCCUGCAAAAGAGCAUGGUUGACACAGAAGGGAUGGUGUGGGCCACUGCGGUAGCUCUGGCCUGGCUGGAGCACAGCUCGGCGAGUUACUUCAUCGAGUGGGAGCUGAUCGCCGCUAAGGCCAGCAUGUGGUUAAAUGAACAGAUCGUCCCAGAGGGCCGAGACCUGGCGUCUGUUAAAGCGUCAGCCAAUCAGUUGUUCAUUAUUCUCAGACACUGGGACGAGAACCUGCAACUCAACAUGCUGUGUUACAACCCGAACAGCAUGUGAGCUCAGGGUAGGGACUCGACUUUAAACUAUGCUAAAAGAGAGUUUUAUUUUUAUUUACUUACGUUUAUCUCGUUUAAGUUUUUAUGAAUAGAGAAUGUACCAGUAUUUCAUAUCAUCUACCCUACAGCGAGAAGUAUGCAAAUGCAGAAACAAACGCUUUGCCAGCACAUUGCAAGCAUGCUGUUGAAUAAUUUUUUAGUGCAAAAGUCUUAUACUGUGUGCACACCAAACGCGAAGCAUCGUGUUCCUUGCUCUACAUUACUUGCGGGAUUUACCUUCGUGUCAUGCUAAUUUUUUAUCAUGCAAAUAUUUUCAACUUGCGCAAAGACACAUUUUAGGUGAAUAUCACGUUUUUGUGACAAUCGUGCUGCCUUAUUUGCGACAUUUGCAUCGUCCGUUCGAGUUCACGUCUAUUCGCGUCUCUUCAUGUCUUUUCACGUCUAUUCGCGCUUUUGCAUUGACUUUGUAUGCGCAAAUCGUUGAAUUCGCGUUUGGUUGUAUGCCCCAUUAGGCCACCAUUAAAGUAUAUUUUGCAAUGCUAUAUUAUUGACCAUAUAUAAUUAUUAGUCUCUUUAUUAGAAUACAACUGGAAAAUUAAGGAAAUUUGUAUGUAGUUUUACAAAACUAUUACAAAAAAAUUCUAAGCUAAAAUGUUGAUUCUCCUUAAAAGAGUUUAAGAAGUGUUUAGUGCCAAGAAAGGUUAACACUAAGGGGCUGGACACACCAAAACUUUUAAACGCGGCUGAAAACGCCUUGAGGACGCCGAACGCCAGCUGUUUUUCGGCUGAGUGCCAGCUUUCUUCAGCUGAGCGCUUUGGUAGCUGUGAUACUUCAGCUGCGAGCCGGUUGGUUGCUGUGGUAAUGUCCCGCCCCUCCUCCACUGUGAUUGGGCGGCCGUGUGAGAACUGACAUUGACGAGCGGAGCUUUUCUCCCAAAGUUGAAUCUCUUUCAACUCUCGACGCUCAGCGCAGAGCGCGGAAAAACCGUUGAGCGCCGGUUUUCAGCGCGGAAAAAAACCGCUAGCUGCUGGCUUAUUUGAAAAACGCCGAGCUUCCAUUGGAAACAAUUGAAAACAUGCGCCGACCACGGGCGUAAAAGUUUUGGUGUACACAACCCCUAAAUAUUUACUUUUCCCCAAAAAGCCAUUAUAUUUUGAUUAUUUAAAAAAAUAUUUUUACGUAUUUCCUGUAUGCGUACAUAAUCUGUAUUUUCUGUUUGUAUCUUAAUAAAGAGAGCAAAAAAUAAAUAUGGAUGCUCAUUAAAACUUUGCCGAAUCUA